AUGAAUCAUGCAAAGUAUAUUCUGAUCGGAGGCAGUGCAGGUGCGGUCUGUGGCCUAGGCUAUAAGUAUGGAGUUCGAAAGAAUCCAAAAGAAGCCUAUUUAAUAUUACAGUAUGCUUCCAUAGCAGGUGCUUCUGGUGUUGUUGCUGGCUUUUCCUACGCAGCUUGGAUCAAACGCCCUAAAUUAGCCUAUUCUGCUUCAUUCGGCUUUAAUGGCGCCAUUUUGACUGGAUUAUUUUUUACUUUUCGUAAAAUUACCGACCAUACGGACAUUGCUGGCAUCAAUCAAGUUCACCCGUAUAUUAAAACUGCGGGUUGUGGUGGAUUAACGUUAAUGGCAAUUACCGCUAUUUCUGCCCAUACCGGUUUCGAUACCAUGUUAUUACUACGUAGAAAAGCUGCAGUGGCCUAUCAUCUAUCACAAGUGCAGGAAUCUAUCGAGCUUAACGAUGAUCCCCAAAAGCAAUCAGUAUUUACUAAAGCAUACAAGUAUAUUGCUGAGCCAACAGAUCUUGGAAAAUUAAAUAUGAGAAUUAAGCAAUUGUCUAUGGAAAUUCGUUUAUUAGAAAUAGAGCUUGGAGAUAUAUCUGAAAAUUCUCAAAAUACUGAUAGCGAAGAGUGA